AUGGCGGCGCUGGGAGGCGGCGGGACGCGAUGGCGGCGGGCCUGGCUGCCCGCCCUGCAGCUGCUGCGGCGCGGCUCCAAGGCGGUGACGCGGCACUGGAAGGCGAUGCACCUGCAGCGGCAGAAGCUGCUGGCCCUGACCGAGUUCCUGCCCCCGCGGCCGGCCCGCGCCCCGCCGGCCCCCCGCGGCGCCCCCCCCCGCCACGGCACCGGGCAACAGCGGCAGCCCCAGGAGGACGGCUACGCGCGGGCGCUGCGGCGCCAGGCCGAGGAGGCUCUCCGUGGCAGCCGCAUGGUGGCCGUGUGCCAGUUCAACUCGCUGCCGGACGAGGACGUGGCCACGCUGCGGCACUUCCUGCGCAAGCACAACAUCCACGUCAAGUUCGUCCUCAACGAGGUUAUCCGGCCGGUGCUGGCGCAGUCCGAGCUGAGGAGCCUGCUGCCGCUGUUCGUGUGCCGCAACGUGCUGCUGGUGAGCCCCGAGGCGCGCGCCAGGGAGAUGCUGCGGGUGCUGAAGGGAGUUCCACAGGUCGUGCUGCUGGGCGCCUGCAUCGACGGCACCAUCCUGAGCCGGCAGGGAGUGGAGAACUUCGCCCGGCUGCCGUCCCUGGAGGUGUCCCAGGGGCAGACGGUGGCAGCCCUGUCCCUGCUGUCCUCCCAAACCUCCUCCCUGCUCCAGCGGGGUCCCGCUCACCUCACGGCGCUCCUGGACGAGCACAUCCGACGGCUGCGGGACACGGGGGGAGCCGCGGAGCCUCCCCCGGGCCGGAGCUCUGGGAAUCACUGACGCUGGAAAUGGAGAACCAAUUCCUUCCCUGGCCGUGGGAGCCCCCAGGAUAAGGCAUUGGAGGAUGAUGGACGCAAUUCCCAUGGAAUCGGCUCCAGAAUGGGCGGUCGGGGACUGGAGGUUUGGCACUGAGGCCCCACCAGUCCCUUGUGCUCCCUUGGGAAGAUCCCAGCGGCGUUCCAGCUGUGAGCAGGGAUCUCUGGGAUCAGCCAGCGGAGGAGGAGCGCGGGAUGGACCCUCCCAGGGGGAUUUUGGGCACUCCCAGCCCCGUGCCUUGGGAAUGGGGGUGUGCUGUAACACUGAUCCCAGCCUGGGAUCGCUGUCGUGUCCAUUAAAGUGUCUGGAAAUGCU